UUCUGGAUGGCUGUUGUUGCUACCACAAUGCCAAUCCCCUGUGGAGGCUUCAUGCCUGUUUUUGUUCUAGGUGCUGCAUUUGGUCGUCUUAUUGGGGAAAUCAUGGCAUCCCUUUUUCCCAACGGGAUCCUCUUUGAUGGUAUUGUUUAUCAAAUCUUACCUGGAGGGUAUGCUGUCAUUGACUUUGUCUCUCCCUAUUCCUUUUCCACCCUACCUCGAAAAGGUGCAGCAGCAAUGACAGGAGCAGUGAGCCACACCGUCUCCACGGCUGUGAUCUGCUUUGAGCUAACGGGUCAGAUCUCCCACAUCCUCCCCAUGAUGGUGGCUGUCAUUCUUGCCAACAUGGUGGCCCAGAGUCUGCAGCCCAGCCUCUAUGAUAGCAUCAUCCAGGUGAAGAAGUUGCCCUACCUACCAGACCUGGGCUGGAAUCACAUAAGCAAAUACAAUAUCUUUGUUGAGGAUAUUAUGGUCCAAGACGUUAAAUUCGUCUCCUCCGAUUGUAAAUACCGAGACUUGCAAACUGUACUCCAAAGCACGACCGUUAAGACUUUGCCUUUGGUGGACUCACAAGAGACCAUGAUCCUUCUGGGGUCUGUCGAGCGAUCUGAGCUGCAGGCUCUCCUCCAGAGACAUAUAAGCCCGGAACGGCGACGGCUCCUCAACAGAGAAAUGCAGCAGAAGUUGUCUGAGGCACCCUAUGAUGGGCACAGCAAGGGACCGUGGGCAACCCUACCAAAGCUGAAGCAUGAAUCUUUUGCUUAUGUCGAUGAAGAUGAGGAUACAGAUGAGAAGGGAGAGCUGCCUCAGCCCCCAAGUCCCACUCCCAGUUACCCAGAGGAGCCCAAUGGCCCGACAAGUCCUCAUAAACAAAUGCCUGAAACUUUGGAGUCACAACAAGUCACAGGCAAUUUCAGGAGUUUGAGGCAACUGAUCCAGCAGCUCUUGUGCCAUUACAAGUGUCCACUUGAAGCAGAGAGUGCCACUCAGGUGCCAGCAGAAGUCAUUGAAACAAUGAGUCCAGAAGAGAUAGAUGCUUGGGAACAGGAGGAGCUGAACAAGAAUGUGUGCUUUGACAGCUGCCGCAUAGACCCUUCGCCGUUCCAACUCGUGGAGAGGACUUCCCUGCAUAAGACGCAUACAUUAUUCUCACUACUGGGCCUCAGCCAUGCCUAUGUAACCAGUAUGGGGAAGCUGAGGGGAGUACUGGCUUUGGAAGAGCUCCAGAAGGCAAUAGAGGGCUCCACACGCUCUGGAGUUCGCCUCCGCCCACCUCUUGCUAGUUUCCGUGAUACCAACCGGACUUCCAUCAGCAGUGAGAAGGCCAGUCAGGCCACUCGCGUGUGGAGCCAGCAGGACAACCCCAUGGUGGCAGCCCAGCAAGCAGUGGACUUUGGCACAGAGAGCCCACUGCCUCCCUCUUCACACUCCUCCCAGCCCUCACACUUGCAUGAUGAGAGGAAAGCCUUGUGUUCCACUUAUGCCGGUGACACUGAGUCAGAAGAGAUGGAGCUGACAGGGCCAGUUGCUGAAAGUAUCUCAGACAUCCUGAAGGACAUAAACCUACACUCCACUGACGUGGAUGAGGAUGAAGAUGAGGAUGAGGAUGUCGCCUUAUAG